AGACAAGGAAGCGAAUGAGUCGAGAGAGGAGGAGGGACGGGGGAGAAACAGGUACGCGAAUCAGUUCAGUUGUUGGUCUUGUUCGCUCAACGUCACUCUGGGUGAGACAGCUCUCUGGCGACAUAUAUCUAAUGUCCCAAAACUAUUUCCCAUCAUUCGACAGUCCACAAGUCAUCUCUGCUUGUUAUCAGUUGAUGAAGAAUGGCAUCCAUAACCACUAAUUCACAGUGUGUAUUGGAUCAGUAUGUUAAGGAGGUGUCUGACUUCAGUUCCCAAUAUGGUAGUGAUGGUUCCAUAUCAUAUGUUGCAAAUAAUGUUAUCGGGAAACCAGCACUUUAUCCCGAGUAUGGGGACUUUUCAGCAGCAUAUUGUAUGAGGAGUUAUGGCAAGUGGUGGACAAAGUGUGAAUCAUCCACACAUCCUAUCGAUGAUCCUCGUCCAUUGUUACCUCCAAGUGUUGAUUUCAUUGAUGUGAGAUAUGAAAUUGCAGUGUAUCCUAUCAGGAUUGAUUUCUAUGAAACCUACAAUCCUGGUAGUGUGGUACGAGUAUGGGGUUCCCAAGAAGGGCAGGGUUGGGUGCUCUUAUGGUCAGGAGAGGCACAGCUUGGAUUACGCCAAGUUGCACGCAUUUUUUCCCCUCCAGUUAUACAAGCUGAUAAACCUGUUAAUUUGCUGAGAAUAGAAUUUGAUCAGCAUAGCCACAGUUACUAUUCUGCACUUGAUGCCAUCCUCUUAGUGGGCUCUACACAUACAUCUAGUAAACAGCAUUUGACCUUUCAAGAAACCAUCACAUCACAGAUCAUGAAACUAGGUCUGCACAACAUAGCGAGUGAAGAAGAAAUCCUUUCCGGUGUGCAGUUCCUUUUAUCCGAAGAAAACUUGCUGAGGAUGGUGGCUGAGGAAUGUGAGAGCAAGGAUGUAGAGCCUCUGAGAGAAGAGAAGGCAGAAUUCAUGGAUGAAUGCGAGACAGAGUCCAGCACAAAAGAAGUUAUUAAUGAUGAAUUAAUCGAGAGGAAAUUAGAGGACUCGGGGGAUGAGGGUACAAGUGGAGGUUACUUUGACAUGUUGCCUGAGGAACUCAUUAUUCACAUUUUGAAAGAACUGGAUAUAAGAAGCCUGUGUCGCUUGGCCCACACCUGCAAACUGCUUCAGAAAUACACCUCAGAUCCCUUCCUGUAUAUUAGACUGAAUCUCAAGAACUGUUGGUGGUUGGUGAGCAAUGCCACACUAGAAUGUCUUUCAUCAAGAUGCCUGCUUCUGCAGUCACUUGACCUUUCAUGGUGUGGUCCAUACAAUGCUCUUGACACAGAAACAUUCAUGGAAUUCAUCCACACAUGUGGAAGACAGCUCACCAUAUUGCGUCUCAAUAACUGUCACUUCAUUGAUAAUUAUUGCCUGUAUAUGAUUGCUAAUGUCUGUCUCAGUCUGGAAGAAUUGAGCAUGGCCAACUGCUUCAAAGUCGAUCAUCUUGGUUUUGGGGAGUUGAAGAAAGCCAGGUGUUUAAGUCGAUUGGAUUUGUCUCGAACACGCAUCGAUUUCCACACCCUGCAGCUGUUGCUACAGCACGCUGGUCAACUUCGCCAUCUUAGUCUGAAUAAUUGCACUCAGCUUGAUAUGGAUGAGGUUGCACUGACGCUAGCUACCUUUAGCCGUGACCUAAUAUCACUUGGCGCAUGGAAGACACAUGGUCUCACAGCCAGAGGUCUUCGUGCUCUGGCUUGCAUUCCAACACUCCAGGAUCUUGACUUGGGUUGGGCGUUGUCAGGAGUUAUAACUGAGGGUCUUGGUGAGUUGGUACGAGGAUGUCGAGGAUUAAAACGAAUAUAUCUUACUGCAUUGAGAACACUAACAGACCAUGACCUACAUCACUUAAUGACACACUCUCAUGGACUUACACAGCUUGACAUCAUGGGCACAAGAAAUGUUACUCCGGAGGCUGUGCACAGGUUACUGCAGAGCUGUCAACAUUUGGAAUUACUUGAUGUCAGUUUUUGUGAACAAAUUCAUAGUACAUACAUACACCAGUGGAAUUCACAGUUUCCUAAAGUUGCCAUCAAAGGGGGACUGAAGCACCAAGUUCGUAUUGUGUGAAAAGGACAUCUCAGUGGAGGAAUAUAUUUAAACUUUAUUAUUACAAUUUUUUUUUUUUAUUCAGUGUUAUUUAAAUAUUGAAUGAUAAUUGAACAAAUAUUGGUAUUCCUUAAACAAAGAAUGAAUUGUAAUUGGAAUUUAAUUAUGAAUAAGGAACCAUAAGCAUUGCAUUCAAGAUCUUGAUACUCUUAUCUGAUAUACAAAAUAAUCUGAACUUGUGGUAUGAAGUUAAUACAUGUAAAUUCUUGGUUUACACUGCCUGUUUGCAGUAUUUUGGUUUAACAUGAUUUUUUUUUCAUAACUCUUGGAACACAUCUUGUGCCUUCCACCCCUCCACUCCUAUGCAGCACUUAUUGUGGUCAUUUUUCCACUCCCUCUUUGACAUUUGUGCUCCUCUUAUCCACCUCAAAAAUGGCUAUCAGGACAUUAAUGAAGACAGCAAGAGGAAAAGAUAGUACAAGCAACAAAACUUAUUUAUAUAAUUGAAUUUGCCCAAGCACUUAACUUGCAGCAUCCAACAGAGCAAACAAUCCAUGUGAACAAUGGUACACUCAUUGCUAGUUAUUCUCACAGCACAGUGAUUGAAAAUAUGGGAAAAUGCUAGCUAUAUAGGACUGAAAACCAGAAUUAAUGCACUUUCACUCACCAGAUUUUCCUCAAACUCUAUUUUACACAACUUGCAGUUUAUUUAAAGGGGUUUUACUUUACUAAAUUCAAUUAUAUAUGUAUAUUUUGAGAGGCAUGAAGUCUAGGCAGGAGGUAGGGGUACAUUUUUUCUUCUUCUCCUUAUGGGUGUAAUUGCCAUUUCUGAUAUUUGAUUUUACAGUACAGAUUCUGACAUGGGACACUACUGUAAAUCUAGGAUUACAUGUUUUAGCUUCAUGGCCAAAUAACUUUUCUUCUUCUUCUUUUCCUUUAAUAUUAUUUCACAAUGUUUCUGAAAAACUUAAUUAUGGGGUUGUAUUAUCUGAAUAGUUAUUCAUGCCCUGAGAUAUAUAAUAAUUAUCUCUGUCAAUAUUAUCAUAUAAUGUGUUUGUUUGAUUUUCUCAUCUUGACCUUUGCUAUGAAGAGUAGAUUUAUGUCAUAUCUUCAGAUAUAUGUUUAGUCAAAUUAAGGACUAAAUAUUAGCAGAGCACAUUUUGGACGAUGUAGCAACUGUAACAUGGUAACUCCUUUAAUGGUAUUUCUUUUACAUAGGAGAAAUAGUCAAGACAGUGUAUUUAGUGGUAUGCAUUAUUUUUUUCUUUUAUUUAACAUUAGAAGAAGAGGCUUGUGUUAAAGAGUAUAUUUUAAUGUCACCUUCAAUAUUUAAUCACAGAAAUUGUUUCAGUUCUUACAUAGAUCUGUUUUCAUGAUUUUUUUGGAACAAGGGGUCCACUGUUUACAUAUCGGCACAUUACAGAGUAGUACAAUAGUUUACUGUGCAUUCCAGAGAAGACAUUUUGGGGACAUAUUCCCCUAGGAGAGAGAAUCCUAGGGUUCUAGUCAUUAGACAAUAAAAAUGUUGACUUUU